AUGGCCGUCGUCCGCUCGCUGGGGUGUGUCGAGUCUUACCAGAUCGCCCUGCAGCGCCUGGACUUGAUGCGAGGGAUCAUUCUCGCCUGCCGGUACACACUACCUGCUCCGCUGGUCCUACGAUGCCGGCAAUCUGAGUUAAUCAGCGUGUUUGAGAGAGCCGUGGCCCGCGUGGUGCUGAAACAUCCCACCUUGCAUGUUGGCCUGGUGGGCGAGGACACGGACAAGCCCUGUUGGAUCCGGCUGGACCAGCUCGACCUUGGCAAGCAUAUCGAGUGGCACACCGAACCUGUGCGCCAGACGCAACUGCUGGACGCCAGAUUCACCGAUUACCAGACGACGCCUGGAUGGAAAGUCACCGUCGUCCGCUCGGGGUCGGCGGGGUCCAUCGAGGUGAUCCUGGUCUUCAACCAUACCAACUUGGACGGCCGCAGCGCCAUGAUCUUCCAUACGAACCUGCUACAGAGCUUGCAAGAUGACCGGCCUGACCUCGCUGGCGAGAUGUUGCUCCAGGACCACAUCCUGACGCUGCCACCCGAAUCCAGCGCGAUGCUGGCUCCACCCCCAGAGCUCAUCGUCCAAUUCCCCGUGCAUCCCAACGCCAUGCGCCAGUUCCUCAACCGCGAAGUCCACACGCCCACGGCGCAAUAUCCCCGAGUGCCAACACAGGCACACUGGGCCCCGAUCCGGGCUACCCCGUUCCAAACCCAAUCGCGUCGGAUCACCGUGCCUCGCCAUCACCUCAGCCGGCUGAUCCACGCCUGCCGCUCACACCAAACUACCCUCACCGGCCUGCUCCAUGCCCUCAUCGCCGUCUCGCUGGCCCCCCUCUUGGACUUCCGGGACGCACCGGCCUUGUCCUCUCUUACCGCGAUGGACCUGCGCCGUUUUCUGCCGUCGCGCCCUGCCUCCCAUCCAUGGUUCCGCCCGGAGGAGGGCAUGUCCAACUACGUGACGCUUGCGACCCAUACCUUUGACGAGCACAUCCUGGCCCAGAUCCGUGAAUCACUGGCCGGCGACCAGCUCGUGGGACCGGGCAAGGAUUCCCCUUUCAAGGCAUCCCCGUCCUUGGUCGAUCUGAUAUGGACCACCGCCGCCCAGGUGCGAAAAGACCUCGAGGGCAAGCUCGCUCAGGGAACCACGAAUGACAUGAUUGGAUUCUCGCUGGCCGUGCAGGACUGGCGGGCACACCUGGGCGAAGAAGUACAGCGCCCACGGCGGACCUCUUGGGUCAUUACCAAUCUCGGCGAGAUCGAUGGGCUUCCGCACGGGAAGGGCCGGCCGUCUGCGCUGCCGGGGCCGUCAAAUCCCUUGGACCGCUCCACCUGGUCUAUCACGGACACCGAGUUUGUUAUGGGCGCCAAUGCCGUCUCGUCCGCCAUUUGUGUGGCACUGGCGGCUGUCCGGGGCGGCGACCUGGUCCUCUCGUGCAGCUGGCAGGACGCGGCCGUAGAUGUCGCUGUGGCGGAGGCCGUGGUGGCCAAUCUCGAGCGGUGGCUGACAUGCCUCAGGGUGAUCGAUGCUGGACGGGUUGAUGGCUCUGAGGGGGGCGAGGGGGAAGGUGUAGUUGGUCUUUGUGGUGCUAAUAAUUCAACUUCAGGUUGA